AUGCUUGCUCAGGCGGCAGCAGAGGUCGUAUUGGAAUGGACACAACCUCCACCCCCCAAAUUAUCCCUCCUCGCCAACUGGUACUUCGAGUGUGCCAGAACAGUGAAGUCCCAACCACCUGUACCAUUCUUUCCCGAGGUGCAUGACAAGUUGACACGGGCCGCUAAGAGUUACGCCAGUAUUCUGACAGUGGAGCGACCAGUGCUUUCCACCUGGAGGGACUGGCCAACCCUUCCCUCAUGGGCAUGUCGGUAUUCCCCCAACCUGAUGUCUGAGUGUAGUUACCCUGCUUGUGGGGAGUUGGCCUCUGCUGUGCACGCUAUGGGGUUGCUUCAAGUUCACCAGGCCAAAGGUCACCGCAAAAGCCAUUGGACAUGCGAUGUCCAUCCUGGUGGUCCAGGAAUGCCAUCGUUGGCUGUGCCUGGCCGACAUGCGGGAGCAGGACAAGAUACAACUCCUAGAAGCUCCGGUGUCCCAGCCUGUCUUCAGAGGAACACAGGAGCUAUGGUCGGGCUCACAACCCUACAUCCUCCCCCUUUCUCUAUCGCCAGCAGGUGUGUUGAAGUGGCCGGGACCCUCACAAUGGAGUCUCUCCAGCUCAGCCACCCAUCUGCGGAGCCCACCAUUGUUGGAGAGACAAGCUCCUCUCCCACCAUUGCCAUCGCCUCUUUACUAAGCCCUUUAAGUUUCCCUGUGAUCAGUCAUUUUGCCUCAUGUGCCUGCUUGAGUGACAGAAAAAGGUUUUCAUCCUUUUUCAGAACGAUGGCCAGUGAUAAUUAUCAAAGCAUUGCAAUGGCUCAGCUUGUCAAGCACUUUGGCUGGACUUGGGUUGGAACGGUCAACAGUCGCAAUGAUUAUGGUACCUAUGGAAUGGACGUAUUUUUAAAGACAGCACACGAAUUGGGGAUUUGUGUUGAAUACUCGGAGACAAUAUUAAAAACCGAUACACAAGAACAGCUACUAAAAACACUGGAAGUGGUUAAAAAAGGAACAGCCAAGGUGGUGGUGCUUUUUAUAUCAAACGUAGAUUUCCUCCCAUUCAAAAAAUUGAUUGUGCAACAGAACAUUACUGGGAUCCAGUGGAUCGGUACUGAAUCCUGGAUCAGUUCUCAAACUAUUCAGGAUACAAAGGAAAACAGUUUCUUCACGGGAGCCGUGGGCUUUGCCGUACAGAACAUGAAGCUCGAUGGCCUGCGAGACUUUCUUUUGACUGUGCACCCUAAUCAAGAACCAAAAAAUGAACUUUUGAAAGAUUUCUGGGAAGAAACCUUUCAGUGCUCUUUCAGAAACACCGGGGGUAGCACAAAUAGCUGUACUGGCUCAGAACGCUUAACAGAAGUGCACAAUGAAGUGCACACUUAA